UCGGCCUCCUCCUGCCUCCAAGCACCCCAAUCCAUCAUCUUCUGAUCAUCGCUGAGGAAGCAAGCAACAGGGCGGCUGAAAUGUUCGCGAGAGCUGAGCUAGCCGUUCUUCUCCUGAUCGUCGGCGUCGCCGCGGGGUUCAGGACACCAGUGCCACCGCCGCCGCCGGUGUCGGAGGACACCCUUGAGAAGGUGGCAGGGUCGCUGGAAAUGUACGUCGACAAGCUCCCUCAGAUGCGGAAGAUCUUCGGCUACUCCAUCAAAUACGGCCGGCCGACGCCGAUUCACCUCACCAUCGGGAUGUACCAGAAAAAAUGGAAAUUCCACAGAGACCUGCCGGCGACCACCGUGUUCGUGUUCGGAACGUCGGCGGAGACCGCCAGCUUCCCCGGACCCACCAUCGAGGCCGUGCAGGGUGUCCCGCUGUGGGUGACGUGGGACAACCACCUCCCCGACCGCCACAUCCUCCCGUGGGACCCCACCGUGCCCACCGCCAUCCCCCACCACGGCGGCGUCCCCACCGUCGUCCACCUCCACGGCGGCGUCCACCCGCCGCAGUCAGACGGCAAUGCCAACGCCUGGUUCACCGCCGGCUUCCGUGAGAGGGGCCCCACUUGGACGACGCCGACGUACGCGUACCCCAACGUGCAGUCGCCCGGCGUCCUCUGGUACCACGACCACGCGCUCGGCCUCACCCGCGCCAACCUCCUCGCCGGCCUCCUUGGCGCCUAUGUCAUCCGCAAUCCGGCAGUGGAGCAGCCGCUCGGCCUCCCCUGCGGCGACGGGUUCGACCAGGUGCUCAUGCUCGCCGACCGCAGCUUCUACGCCGACGGCUCGCUCUACAUGAACUCCACCGGCGACAACCCGAGCAUCCACCCUCAGUGGCAGCCCGAGUACUUCGGCGAGGCCAUCACCGUCAACGGCAAGGCCUGGCCGUUCCUUCUCGUCGCGCGCCGCCGCUACCGCUUCCGCGUCAUCAACACCAGCAAUGCACGCUACUUCAACCUCUCGCUGACCAACGGCCUCCCGUUCCACGUCGUCGGCUCCGACACCAGCUACCUGUCCCAGCCGGCCGUCGUGACCCACCUCCUCGUCUCCUAAACUCAACACUCCGUGGCCGAGACGUUCGACGUCGUCGUCGACUUCACCGAUUCCACGACGCCCGAGGCGGAGCUGGUCAACACGGCACCGUACCCAUACCCAGGCGGCGACGCGCCGAACCACCUAAACGGCAAGGUGAUGAAGUUCGUCGUCGAGCCGGCGAAGGUGCAGGACUACUCCAGGGUGCCGGCGAGGCUGCUGGAGUAUGUCAAGGUCGCCGAGGAAGAGGUAGUGCAGAGACGGUACAUCGUGUUGUACGAGUACGACGACGCCAUAACGGGCAACCCGACGCACCUGUACAUCAACGGGAAGCGGCUGGAGGACCCGGCGACGGAGACGCCACGGCCGGGCACGACGGAGGUGUGGGAGGUGAUCAACCUCACGCCGGACAACCACCCGCUGCACCUCCACCUCGCCUCGUUUCAGGCCGUGCGCGUCCGGGGCCUCGUCGAUCUGGACGAGUUCACGCGCUGCAUGGAGAGGCUCAACGACGCGGCCAGGUGCGACGUGGGCCGGCACGCCGUGGGGGAGACCGUGGACGUGCCGGAGCACGAGAGGACGUGGAAGAACGUGGUGAAGAUCCCGCCUGGGUUCAUGACGACGGUCGUGGUGAAGUUCCUGAUGAUCGACACCGGCAGGACGUACCCGUUCGACGCCACGGCCGAGCCAGGAUACGUCUACCAUUGCCACAUUCUGGAUCACGAGGACAACGCCAUGAUCCGACCGCUAAAACUGAUCAAAUGAUGAUUGUACUUCAACGCAAAAAAGAAGAA